UUUUUUCGGAGCCGGCCAUCAAGGCCCUGGAUUUGCCCAUCUCAUCCAUCCAGGCACCGCCAUCAGCAACCACAUACCACCAUGAGCGAGAGUCUCCCGAUGGCCAUCGAGGCCGAGAUCCCCCUGUCGCAGCAGGAGAUCGAGGUUCUCCACCAGCAAUACAUCAGCGAGGGCGACAAGGUUCGCCCCCAAACCAAGUUCAACUACGCCUGGGCCCUGGUCCGCAGCAAGUCCAAGUCAGACCAGCUUCGAGGAGUGUCGUUGCUUGCCGACAUCUACCGGGAAACGCCAAGCCGUCGUCGUGAGUGCCUGUACUAUCUGGCCCUGGGAGAGUACAAGCUUGGCAACUACCGCAAUGCCCGGAAAUACAACGAUAACCUGUUGAACCUCGAGCCCAAGAACUCGCAGGCCCUCGCGCUGCGACAGACCAUCGACGAGCGGGUCCGGAAGGAUGGCAUCGUCGGAGUCGCCAUUGUCGGCGGCGUCGUUGCCCUCAUCGGAGCGCUGACCCUGUCGCUGCUGAAGCCGCAUAAGUAGUGUCCUUGCAACGGCGGCGCACAGUCAUGCUCCUCGAAAGAUACGAAUAGAACCUCAAGCCUCUUCCGCUUAUGAUCGAUCUCGUAUUCUGCAAACUAUGUAUCCCCCCCCCUUACUUCCGACUCGGAGGGGUAAACCCGUCUCUCGCGUUGCUCUCGAGCUCAUUACUUGGGCCAAGCCCCAUCGGCACGGCUAUCCUGUUUGCUCUCGAGCUUCCUGAACAAUGCUGGUGUGAAGUCGGCAUGGCCAUUGUUCUCUGUUGCGACCAACAUUCCUCUUAUCUUGUGCUAUUUAUGAUGUUGCGACUGUGUAUCGACACUGGAUUUACGCUCGCUGGGAACGCAGAACCAGCACCCAUUUGUAUCGGGCGCGUAUGCUUGUUUGGCCAGAUCUUUGUCCUGCGCCGGCAUCAGGCUGCUGAAUGUUGAACCUCAUUGAAGUGGAAAGGAGAAUCCG